AUGAAAGCUGUGACAUUUAUCCGUGCUCUGUUAAGAAGACAUUUGAGUUCCUCUCUCAAUGCUCAACGGUAUAAAGUCGCCAUAGUUGGAUCAGGUCCUGCUGCCUCCUACACUGCUCAUCACUUACUUCGGAAGGCAAAUGAUAAUUUGCGUUUCCAAGUCGAUUUUUAUGAAAGAUUGCCCAGUCCUUUUGGGCUUAGUCGGUAUGGAGUCGCUCCAGACCAUCCGGAAGUGAAGAAUUGUGAAGAAUGUCUUGAAGACCUUAUGGCUGACUUUGGAUCUAGUGGCAAUGUGACGAGUCAUAUUAACACUCAUCACGAUGAUACUCGUCACAAUGGUACUGGUCAUAUUGUUAGGUUUAUAGGGAACACUGAGGUUGGUAAAGACAUUUCCUUAAAGCAAUUGAAUGACAAUUAUCAUUCUGUUGUCUUAUCUUACGGAUGUACUGACUCGGAUAACAAGUUAAAGAUCCCUGGAUCAGAUUUACCAGGGGUAAUUGCUGCUAGACAAUUUGUUAAUUGGUAUAAUGGACAUCCUGAUUAUCAUGGACCUAAUGCCUUUUUCCAACCUCCACCAUUGGAUCAAAUUGAGUCUGUUACAAUCAUUGGCAAUGGGAAUGUUGCCUUUGAUGUUGCCAGAGUGCUACUUGGAGAUCCACAAUCCCAUUGGAUGAAAACAGAUAUCAACAAUGAUGCCUUGGAGUUAUUGAAACAAAGUUCAGUGAAAGCAGUAAACAUUGUGGCUAGAAGAGGUAUCUUAGAGUCUGCCUUUUCCAAUAAGGAGUUUAGAGAAUUGUUAGAAAUGUCAACCAAUGAAUCAAAGAUCCGGUUUAUUGUUCCUGAACAGGAUGAAUUAGAAGAGCUUUCAAAAUUGGAUAAAAAGAGUCUUGGGAGAAUCAACAAGAGAAGAGUAAAACUUUUUGAAGAUUACAUCAAGAAAUACAACAGUUGGGAGCUUCCAGACGGUUUCAAGACUUGGAGUUUAAGGUAUUUGAAAAGUCCUGUGGAGUUCAUUAAGAAUAAUGACAACCCAGAUUUGCUUUCAGAAACCAAAUUUGUUAUCAAUGAAUUACAUCAUGAUGAAUUGUUGAAAACUACAACUGUUUCUCCUACUGAGAAGUUUAUGUCAAUCAAAAAUGAAUUAGUUAUUCUUUCAAUUGGAUACAAGGGACUUUCUCUCAAAGAGUUUGAUUCAAUGGGCAUUUCAUUCAAGAACAAUCAUAUAUUAAAUAAAGGCGGUCGAGUAUUAAGUACUCAAAAUGAUGAUAUUGAAGGUUUGAAACAUAAAAAUGGAUGGUAUACAUCUGGAUGGAUUAAAAAUGGACCUCAAGGAACUAUUGCUGUUACAAUGAUGGAUUCAUUUGAUACUGCUCAACAAAUAUUAGAAGAUAUGGCAAACAAUAUUCAUACAAAUGCUGACCCUAAACAAUUUGAUAUUACGGAAACAUUACCCAAUAAAGUCACCUGGGAUGAUUGGAAGAAAUUAGAUCGAUAUGAAAAGGAAAAAGGUCAAGCAAAAGGUAAGCCAAGAGAGAAAGUCCCCACCAUAGAUCAAAUGUUAACGAUAUGUAAAUAG